GAAGACCAGCCUGUUGAAGACCUGUCUGUUGAUGAACGUGUUUAGCUUUUGACUGUUGAACGAUAAGUAGAGAAACAAUGAAUACCACGACAACUACAGCCCCUUCGGGUUUGCCUGAAUCGUUUAUUGUUAUCCGUACAUUUUUCAUCGUUAUCAUUGGUUUGCUGAUCAUUUCGGGGAAUAUUCUCUCGAUUGCUGUGGUGCGUGGUGUCUCAACUUUGGCCGACAGUACUAAGGUUCUGAUGACUACUCUCUCGUUGUAUGACUUAACAGUUGGGAUCAUUUCAAUGCUCAGUGUCGUGCCAUCAGCCAGAGAACAAUGGGUCUACGGACAGUUCGUUUGCGAAGUUGUUACUGUAGUUACAUGUGCAUCUUUCGUGAUGUCAAUUCUGUCUGUUUUGUUUCUUAACAUUGAACGGUAUAUCGCCGUCACACGGCCGUAUAAGUUCCCAAUAUGGUGUACCCGACGUCGCUUCAUCAUGCUUGUAGUUUUUGCAUCGUGCUUUUCAUUUUGUUUGCCAAUUGGAAUCAAGCUAAUCUUUGGAGUAAAAAGUGUUUUCCUAAAAGCUCCAGCUGGAUGUCUUCUAGAACACAGCUCUGCAAUUGGUGAUAUUCUGAUCCUCAUUUUUGGUGACAUAGCUCCUGUGACGAUCAUGUUUUUUGUCUACUAUCGCAUCAUCAAAGUCAGUAAACGGCAAGAUCUACAACUGAACCGUAACCGUCAGAAAAAAGCACAAGCGGAUCAAGAAAAGAUGUUGAAAACAUUCAUCAUUGUCACUGUAAUUUUUGCCAUCUGCUACACACCGAAUUUUGUCACGUAUGUAGUUACAACAUCGAUGGGCGUUACCCCUCCCCCAAUAUUUGAAUGGGUAGUAGUAUGGUUGACAAUAAGUAAUAGUAUGUUUAAUGUGUUCAUCUACUGUCUUUUUAAUGAGUCUUUUCGUCAGGUGGCCAAAAGAAUCGUCAUGGGGCGAUUUGUGUGCUGCAAAAGAUCAGUGGCACCAGUUGAUAUCGAACUGUGAAAGUCGAAAAAAUCAAUGUAAAAUCAAUGUUUUUUCUCGGUAAUAUGCGCAUGCUUAGAACUACGUAAAUAGUGGACAUUUAUCUGGUAAA